UGCGUACAUAUAAAACAACAUUGACCACAACCCAUUGCGACUGACGACAGUCCUACCACUGCGCAUGUCCGCGCUGGUUGUUGUCAGCGGUGGUUAUGGAGAUGAGAUGGGACUAAGAGCUGUCAACAUUACGGUGAUGUUCGUGUGUCCAUCACAGGGAUGCCCAGGAAGAUAGGAUUUAUUGUGGUCAGCUCUUCAAGUCAUGAGGACAACUUCAGUGCCAAGGAGCUCAUGGUCCAUGCACCCACAGUCACUGGCUGGAGGUCCAGCAGGCUGUGCCCCUACCCUCAGCACAUCACCCUGCAGCUGGUGGAGAGAUGUAGGGUGAGGAAACUACAGCUGCUGGCCCAUCAGUACCUGAUCCCAGCCAAGGUGGAGUUCCACAUUGGAGACACCCUCCCUGAAACCAUCACCUCAGGGUUCCCUGGGCAGCUUCGCAGACUCGGGUACGUGUCUUUGUCAGACAAUGAGAAGACAGGCUUCAAAGCUCGGGAGCUGAAGUCGGUCCAUGUAGACGCCAUCGGAACAUACCUGAGAAUAACCUUCCACAAGAACCAUGCCAACCAUUACAAUCCCCACAAUCAGGUUGCUUUGGUUGCCAUUAAUGUUCUGGGAGAUUCUUUGGAUGGCAAUGCUUUCAACACUAUUCCAAGCAGAGAGCAGCUGAUCGAACACUACCUCAACAGUACCCAGCUGGAAGCCGCCUUAGACACGACUUUCAUGGGUAAAUGUGAGUCCAUCUCCCCCUUGGACGACCUGGCCUUCGACAUGUACCAGGACCCUGAAGUUGCCCACAUCAUCCGACUCCUGGACCAAAAGAAGCAGGACAUGGUCCGACAGGAGAAAUACGAGCAGGCCAAGAAUCUGAAGCAGGCCAUCGCAGACCUGCAAAAGGUGGGGGAGCGUCUAGCUCGAUAUGAUGUGGAGAAGCGAUGUGCGAUCGAAAAGGAAGACUAUGGCCUGGCCAAGAAGAAGAAGGAGCUGAUGGAGGAGUACAGGAGGAGCGUAUACCAGCAGCUGGAAGUCCACAACCUGCUGGACAUGGCAACAAUCACACAGGCUGCAGAUUCAUCCCCAGCCCAGGAUCCUCCCUCCUUUCAGUCUUCUCCAGGUCACCGUUCAGUCCCCACCAAGUCCCUCGUGUCCACAGACACAUUCAGGAACGGGGAAAAAAUGAACGCUCCUCAGUCGGAUGCAGAAACUGUUGUGCCCAAACUAAGCUGCCAACCUGAUACACCGUGCACCCCUGCUGCUGUACCCAAGAUAGACGUUAUCUGUGUGCCUUAUGAUGAGAGGCCGCUACCAGCCCAGAGGAAAGACCGACCCGUGGAGGUCACUCUGAGCCCUGCAGAGCAGCACUCCCCCAAAACCGACGCCCAAAUGUCUCCACCCAACCCUGAGAUGAGAGGAGAGGCAGAGCCCCUGACGGAGAUGGCCCAGAGAGAGGCUGGCCUUCCAAUAGAAGUCUAUGGAGAAAGCCUGGUGGCUGGGGCAUAUUCUAAAACCUGGUGCUACAGAGAGGAUGCUCUCCUGGCUGUGCACAAGAAGCUGAUGGAGCUAUCACCCACCACGCCCAAGGAGGAGCUGAAAAACAUGAUAAGAGCUGCAGUCUUCCUCGUAAAGAAGGCCCUCCCAGAUAAAGUGUCGUCUGUUUUCCAUGCCUCCUUGAAGUUGCUGCGGCUACUGCUGAGCCAGCUGAUCCCAAGUGUAGGUCUGGGCCGGGCCGAGUUGACCCACUGCAUAGAUCAGACUUGGGCCAACCUGCUGGCCAGGACUGGAGACUCAGUCAGCCGCCUCCGGGGCACGGCCACUGCCUUCAUACAGGAAAUUGCUGUUUUGAAGGAUGUACGCGCCCUGCAGGUAAUCCCCGGUGAGCUGGUGAAGCCCUUCAAAUCCAACUUCCCCUCUCGUCUGGCUCAGAGUCGGGCCGAGCUGCUCGAGAAGCUGCUGGCUGAACUGGGAACGGAGAACUCUGCCUUCACCCUGGACAAUGUCAUGACGUUCUGUACAGCAGCUUUGGAGCACAAUGCAUCAGUGGUUCGAGAGCUGGCAGUGCGCGUCAUCUUAUCCAUGUACCAGCAGCACAGAGCUGCUGUUCUCCGCCACCUUCCACCCAACCAUGCUGCUUCAUGCAAGAACUUCCUCUUCAAAACCCUCUUCGAUGGCUUCGCCAAGAUUGAUGGAAAGCUGGUGGACACUCAGAUUUUGAAGAAGGGAGGUGGUCAGCAGGACGGGCAGAAAGAGAAAGAGGAAAUCCACUCUCUUCAGGAGCAGCUGGCUGCCUUGAAAGAGAUCACAGAAAGAGGCAAUGAAAGCACCAAAGAAGAAAUGCCCAAGAAAGAAGCUCCCAAAGUUGAGUCCCAAAAAGCUGUCAAACCAAUUGUCACAAAAGUGCCACAGAACAAGGACACAGACAGUAUUGACGUCCAACAAUCUAUCAACUAUCUGGACAACCUGUGUAUAUUCUGCGGUAAAAAGGAUGAGUCAUUCACAGAGGAUGGAUUGGACCUUCACUACUGGAAACACUGUCCAAUGCUGAGACGCUGCGAUGAAUGUAGACAGGUAGUCGAGAUAGCCAGCCUCACAGAACACCUGCUGGGUGAGUGUGAGAGCAUGUCCAAGUUCAGCCAGUGCCCACGCUGCUCAGAGGCCGUGACCACUGAAGAUCUGAGUCGCCAUGUCCAGGGUCCCGUCUGCAACGCCCCCAUCUUGGGUAAAGGCUCCAACCACUGUCCUUUGUGUCAUAACAACUUCAUGCCUGGAGAGAAGGCCUGGAAGGCUCACCUCAUGGGCAGGGAGGGCUGUAAACAAAACUCACGCAGGACUGCGGUGUCCCAGAGAACCCAGCCAGCACAAGGGAGGGCUGGUGGUGGAGCCAAGGUGAAGCAGUCCUGGUCGGUCGGGGCCCGAGGCAGAGCCAUGGGAAGAGGCAGCCGGAUCCCGGCCCUGGCACCGCUGGCCAGAGGACAUGCACCAGGGAAGCACUGAAACUAGAGCACCCAGGGGAAGCACCCAACAGCAACACACAGCCCUGUAGUAACCCCAACACACUCCCGCGAUAGGUUUCACAUCUUUUUACAAUCAUUACAGCAUCCGAUAGUGGGACUCUCCAACGUUAGAGCUCUUGCCUCUUUUGUUCUGUACAUCAAGCCUCUGGCGUCACACGCCUGCCGGGCUUGGAGCCAACCGUGGGAGAGAAUGGUGCAGCUCAAAGGAGUGGUCCAUUGAUUUGGUAUUGUUCUGGUGACUCACAAAGAGAAAGAUAAAAAAAAAAGAAUCCUAACUUUUCGUUCCUGAUGGCAUCUUCUCGUGAGACAGGGCGGAGUCAACCCUGAUGACAUGUUCAGGGUUAUUUGUUUAUCAGUCUUGACAAAGUUGGUAAACUAACUGUUCUACACAAGCUAUCCAAUGCUGCUAUAAAUGUGAAUUUUGUUUGUUAAAAUUGUAAAGAUUUUAACAUUUAAAAAAAAUAUAUUUUUAACAUUGUAUUUUAAAUCAUAUUUAGACCAUAAACCUUUCAGUAAAACCCAGGAUAUUUAAAAAAAAUGAGCGACCACUUCCUCUUGGAUGAACAGUGUAGUACCAUUAUGUAUAUGUAAUGAACCGCUACAUCUUACCAGAGGACAGUGACGGUAACUGAUACCUAGAAACACUCCUCUCCCUGUAGAAGCAGUAAUGAGAGGAUGAAUGAGGUUCAGUUUCAAGAAGAAACUUUCCUCUCUUGGCAACUCAGUGCAGCUUUACUGUCGGUUUACUUUUUAUUUUCAUUUUUUGUCGUGAAUAAAUGAUAUUGAAGGAAUGAAGUAGCACUUUGCCAAAGGGAUGAUACUGAAUUUUCAGUAAAGUACUUAAUUUAUUUUCCUGCUUAACGCCUACUGACAAUCUUGAGUAGUUUUAUAUGCUCUAUGACUCCAGUGAGAGACGAAGUAGACCUUUUAACUUAACAGAAUUAUAAAAACACAAUGGGGUUGAUGUACUGUAUACAGUAGAAUCUGUGUAGCACCAAUUUUAACCACAAACUCAAAGUUUCACAACUCUUGACAAUAAUUUUGAAGAUUUAAAGUUGAUGCUUUAAUUUGACUACUUCUAUUGUACCGCAGUGUUAUGACGAUGUUGAUUGUAAUGUAUCUGUGAUUCAUCCACAGCCGAGAAGAACUAAAUAACAGAAACAUCUGUGAAACAGUCUGAGGUGUUUUUGAAUAUUCUUUUGCAAAUUGUAAGACUAGUAGGUUUAGUUCUUCAUCAAUGUGUGUGAUGACACUAACUGUUAUAUGGAGAAACAACUUAGUGAAUGUAUACGAGUAUAUUUAGUUUUAACUUCCCAAUCCAUCACAUUGGCUUUAAUAUGCUUCUGAAUUGAGGACUAUUGCAACAGUGGAUAUUUGUUUGUGUUUUUAUGUGCACGGUCAGUAUUUUCUGAAUAGUUUUUGCAUUAAAUGGCUUUUUUUCUUUUCUUCAAAAGUAUCUAUUUGUCUAAAUAAAGCUACAUUAAGCUGAA